AUGGCUGGGACUCUCGAUUCAACUCUCCGCCUGGAUGUUAUCAUCAUAGGUGCUGGAAUAAGCGGUCUAGCAACUGCUAUAGAAACUGCAUUGUCUGGCCACAAUGUGACCGUAUUCGAGACGGCGGAAGGGCUCCACGAGAUAGGGGCUGGGAUACAAAUUACACCAAACUCUUCACGGAUACUACAACGCUGGGGCCUUUCGAACGACUUGUGGGCUUCGGCUGCCGAGCCUACGUCUCUAACCGUCCGCCGAUACUCCGGUGAAGUCUUAGCUGUAGAGGAAGACUGGAAAGAGAAGAUACGAGCAAAAUACGGCGCUCCCUUUAUUGAGUUCCACCGGAUUGAUUUCCAAACGGCACUUUACGCACGUGCUAUAGAACUUGGUGUGCAAUUUCGAUUCGGAGUGAGGAUAAACAGCGUGAACUUCGAGACGGGGGAGAUCGCGAGCCAGUCAGGGGCUAAAAUACGCGGAGAUCUAGUGGUCGCUGCCGAUGGCCUGUGGUCUCUUUGCCGGGCGCAAUUCCUUCCCAAAGACUUUGAAGGCGUCCCAAGACCGACCGGUGAUCUAGCAUACCGAUUAGUUCUCAAAUUGGAUCGAAUUCAGGACCCCGAGUUGAGGGAAUGGGUAAGUAACCCAAAAUGUAAUAUCUGGAUGGGCCCCAAGUCACACGUCGUCGGAUACUCGCUCCGAGGAGGAACCGAGUUUAAUCUGGUGCUGAUAGCACCGGACGACUUACCAAGCGGUGUCAGCCGCCAAGCAGGCUCCGUGGAGGAGAUGAAAGCGCUUUUCAGGAAUUGGGAUCCGAUUUUAAACAAGUUCCUCGCGCUCGUUAGUUCUGUUAAAAAGUGGAAGCUGAUGCAUCGUAAAGAGAUGCGGAGAUGGAUCCACGAGUCUCCUAAUGGCUACUUUGCCUUCGUCGGCGACUCCUGCCAUCCUAUGCUGCCGUACCUGGGCCAGGGAGCUAACUCCGCCAUCGAAGACGGCGCCGUUCUUGGCCGCUUAUUAGGACACAUCCAAUCCAAGGAGCAGAUCGGCAAGGCGUUGAGAAUGUACGAGCAACUUCGAAAACCACGGGGAGACGCCAUUGUAAAGGAAACCUUCGGACAAGUGACCAUACCUAUCAACCCUCUUGGGACUAUCGCCCCCCGGACGAUAUAUGCCCCUUUUCCAAUUCGUUGGUGCUGUCCCCAGGUGCAACCCUGGUUAUAUGGUUAUGAUGCAUGUGUGGAAGUUGAUAAGGCUCUUUUCACGAUUCGAGGCCAAUGA